AUGACCGAGGCUGACGGGCUAAGGCAGCGCCGGCCCCUGCGGCCGCAGGUGGUCACGGACGACAACCGGACGCCGGAGGCCAAGGGCGGCAGCUCCUUCAGUGGCAGAGUGUUCCGAGCCACCUUCCUCAUGCUGGCAGCCUUCCUCGCCAUCCCCCUACUCGGCGCCCUGGUGCUGCUGGACUCGCCUAUAGACCCGGAGUCUCUCAGCUUCAAAGAACCCCCUCUCUUCCUUGGUGUGCUGCAGCCAAAUACGAAGUUACAACAGGUGGAAAGGCUAUUUGAAAAUCAGCUUGUUGGGCCAGAGUCCAUAGCAAAUAUUGGGGAUGUGAUGUUCACGGGUACAGCAGAUGGCCGAGUUGUAAAACUUGAAAAUGGUGAAGUAGAGACCAUUGCUCGAUUUGGCUCAGGCCCAUGCAAAACCCGAGAUGAUGAGCCUGCUUGUGGGAGACCCCUAGGCAUCCGGGCCGGGCCCAACGGGACACUUUUUGUGGUUGAUGCGUACAAAGGGCUGUUUGAAGUAAAUCCCUGGAAACGUGAAGUAAAACUGCUGCUAUCCUCCGAGACCCCCAUUGAGGGGAGGAAAAUGUCCUUCUUGAACGAUCUUGCAGUAACUCGGGAUGGGAGGAAGAUUUACUUUACAGAUUCUAGCAGCAAAUGGCAAAGACGAGAUUAUCUGCUCCUGUUAAUGGAGGGGACAGAUGAUGGGCGCCUGCUGGAGUAUGACACCCAAACCAAGGAGGUGAAGGUUUUGCUGGACCACUUGCGGUUCCCCAACGGGGUGCAACUGUCUCCUGCGGAGGACUUUGUCCUGGUGGCGGAGUUGGCCAUGGUGAGGAUCAGGAGGUUUUACGUGUCUGGCCUGAUGAAGGGAGGGGCUGAUGUGUUUGUGGAGAAUUUGCCUGGCUUCCCAGACAACAUCCGAGCCAGCAGCUCUGGAGGGUACUGGGUCAGCAUGGCGGCCAUCCGGGCCAAUCCCGGCUUCUCCAUGUUGGAUUUCUUAUCCGAGAGGCCUUAUCUUAAAAAAGUGAUUUUCAAGCUAUUCAGCCAAGAGACAGUGAUGAAAUUUGUGCCACGGUAUAGCCUUGUCCUGGAGCUCAGCGAUAGUGGGGCCUUCCGGAGGAGCCUGCACGACCCUGAAGGGCAGGUGGUCACCUACGUGAGCGAGGCGCAUGAACACAACGGGCACCUCUACCUGGGCUCCUUCAGGGCCCCCUACCUGUGCAGACUCCGCCUGCAGUCUGCUUAG